AUGGCGACUGACGGAUUUUUGUCGCAUCGUUCUGAUCGCUCUGCCACGAGUAGCUACCAAAGAACGGAACAAAUUUCACUCUCAAGCUCUCGUGGAUGGGGAAAGCAAGCAGCUCAAAGACUGAACACAAAGGAUCAAUUCAAAAACGACCCUCUUCUACGAACUUUGGAAGGAAAAAUUGCUGUCAAUUUCGGUGACUACAAGCCAUGGCAACGGACAAAUUUGUCAAAAUUUCCCAGGGAAUCCACAGGUAAGAAGAGAAGCUCUAGUCGCCCUUUAUCUGGACUGACUACAGCGUCCGUUGGAAGUGGUCCUGCUUUUGCAAGGGAAGAAAGUAUGAAGAUGCCAGUUCGGCCUUUCAGUGCUGCUACAAGUACGGCUUGUUCAACGGUUUGUAAUCACCCAUGGACAAAGAAACCGCCUCAAGUGGACGAUGCUGAGGAGAAAAGGAAGCAGAAUUUAUUAGCGAUAUUAAAGGUAAUGGCAUCUUAAGUUCAGGUCCUCUGCUUCGUCUCAGAUGAAACUUAGUAAACCAAUUUAUUAAUAAUUAUGUUUUAUUCCACCCCCACCACCCUUUCCAGCCUGCAAAUCAGUAGAAAACUAGUACAGUGGAACCCCGCCAUAACGAAGUGCCACAGUACCAAAAAAAUUGUUCGUUAUUGUGGGGUCUUCACUACAAAUUAUCUGGUUAAAAGCAAAGAUAUUAGUUACAGUGGGUUAAAAAUUUAGUAAAUUACAAUUACCAAAAAUUCAAUACUGCAAUUACCAGAUAAAGGCUGUUAAUCACUAGCGACGGAGUUGGCGUCAGAGUCGCAAUCAGAAGAGUAGAGCUUAUGAUCUAGUGAAAACAGUAUUCUGAUUCCGCUUACAACUCCGUCGCUUACGCUCCACUUAUGAUCUAGUGAAAACCAGGUUGUCGGAGUCGGAAGCAGAAGCAAAAGAACCAAACUAAUCACAAAGCAUGGGAAUGUGCUUUGUGAUUGGUUUAUCCUUCCGCUUGUGCUUCCGACUCUGACAAUCUGGUUUUCACUAGAUCAUAAGCGGAAUGUAAGCUACAGAGUCGUAAGUGGAGUUGGAAGAAAGGGAAACGUUGUGAUUCUUCUGACUCGGAUUCUGUCGUGCCUAUGACUCCGCUUACGAUUCCGAUUUUUUGAUUUUCACUGGGUCAUAAGCGCUCUUACGACUGCGCUUACGACUCCAUCGCUAGUGAAAACUAGCCUUAAGGAAGACGUGCCAGCACACUGAAGCAGAAAUUCAACACUACAAUAGUGCAGUGCACAUACUUGUCAAAACCGGAAUAAAGCAAGCUGUGAUUUCUAGUCAAAUAUAUUGUUUUUACUGACUGCUGGGAGCGACUGGACAAAAUAUGUCACCAAAAUGCAUUGACCCAGAGGGCCUGGAAAGAUGCCGUACAGGGACCAGGUGAUGUCCACCCAUCAGUUCACACCACGGCUACCAAUGUGAAAUUUUACACUUUUUAGCUAGUGUUGGAGCCUGCAACCUGAUACUGCACAUCCAUGUUGUGGUUAAUUGAAAGCUGUCAAAACAGGGUAUCCGCUGACCCAGUUUCACGUGAAGAUAUCACUGGCUCAGGUAUCAAACCAUCAAGGUUACGUGGUUUUUUGAAGUUAUUCCCUGACUAGUUCCUAGUUUUUAACUGAUCGCAGGCCAAACUCCAAGUGGAUUUCUUUGCAGUGGUUACAAGUUCGCUGUUUGAAGUGAAUUCUAAAUUUAUAAAUGGAAGCUUUACUUUAAGCCUUGGGUAAAUCUACAUAUUAAAGUAGACUCGUAAAGCAACAGCCUUCUAUAACAGCAUUAUAAAGUGACUUUUGUCUUAACAAAAAUAGUAUUGAAUUUUUUCUACAUCAGAUUCAGAUAAAAACAAGACAGAAGUCCAUAGCAGAAUAUGAAAACAGGAAGAGAGAACUGUAUCCUUUCUGUGUGAUAUUAAAAAGUAAUAUUACAGUGAGUGCCCGAAGGGUGGGGGCACUCAAGAGAAGCUUUGGUGGAGGUAUGACACUGAGGCUCUCAAAUCCUGACCCUUUUUAAGACAACAAUCUUUCAUUUUUUUCAGCUAGGGCAAGAGACCUAAUUUCAUUUCCCUGAGUCAUCUCCUUUUGCACACAAAAUUAAUUACCAGGUAUUAUUAUUUUUAAACUAACAUCAUGGAAUUAGUUUUAUUUGAAAAAAGAAAACAUUGUAGUGUCGGUAAGCUUUGCAUUGUCUAAGAGUUAUGUUAUGUUGACAAUAGUUGACAAAAAAUGAGAGUAAUUGACCUCUGUUAUUUUGCGUGAUAUCAUUAAGCUGUUUAUCUAUUAGUAAUUUCCGCAGACAUUUCCGGAGAUAAACCUAGUGAUUAAUCGAACCAAUCACGAACGACUAGGCGGUUUUUUCUUAAAUCAAUCCUUGUGUAACUGAUCGGAUGCGGGUUAAAAAAGAAAAAGGACAAUUGAGAUAGAAAGAGAGUUGAGUGGAAGCGAACAUGUUUGUUGUAAAAACUAAGAGAUCGUGGUUUAUAUUGGAAUAAAACGUGGAAAUCUACUUUAUCGUGACUUUUGUUGGAGAGCACUGUUCUUGGAGGCGAACAAAUCUCCAAAGUAGGCACCGGGCAUAUAGACUAUACUCUUUUAAAGGCUUCUAUAUUCCAAGAAGACACCCUAUUCAAGACACUAAAUAGUGAAAUAAUAAUAAUAUUAUUAUUAUUAUUAUAUACCCUGUUUAAGAGUCAAGACUCUAAAAUUCACACCCUGUUCUGUGGCACAGACCCAUUAAGGCAAAAUAGGGGGAUAAACCCCCCCCCAAAUGCACACACACAUACAUCCUGGAACAGUGUAACUGUAUCAGAAAUAAUCUGAUUUUAUAACCCAUCCAAACUGAUCAUGGAGUAUGAUUGCAAAAAUCUCUCUUUAAGAAUGCUACGUCAUAUUGAUGUUCACCCUUGUGCAAGUCAAAGAAAUGUAAACUUAAGUUAAGUUUUCUGAUACCAUCAUAGAACUUAACACAAUUAUGUGCAUGUAGACAUGUAACUAAUAUUAUUUCUUUGCACAAACGACACACGUUUGAACUGUUUGUGUCAAUUGCUGACAUAAGCACUGUUUAUGCGCGAGUCCUUGGCUGUGAAAAUAGACUGUUAGAGAACAUGAAAGUGGUUGAUCAAAUGGAAUCUUCUGAAAAUCAGAUUGUAAGUUUAAAAAGGAUGUAAAACAUGAUUGCUAAAUAAAUUCCUGGAUUGAAGACUUAUGUAAAUCUUAGGUGUAUGAUUGUGGCAUUCAAGGAACAUAAUUAAUGCCCAUUUCUUUUAAUUUAAUGUCCAGGCCCUGGUUCCUGGGAAGAUGGUAAAUUUUAACCCAGGAUUAAGCAAAAUUUUAAGCACAGUUUUCUUGCUUAAAGCAUGUAACUCAAGCUUACAAAAUACUGUUGAGCCUCUACUCUGAGACACAAUGAUUUACCCAAAAUGUUUCUCUAAGCAAUGUAUAGGAAAUUAAAUAACAAAAGUGAAGCAAGAAUAUCUUAAUCCUGGAUAGUGCUAAUUGGCCUUUCAGGAACCGGGCCCACUGCCCUGGUAUUCUGCUUCGUUAAUUAUUAAAAAGCUUAGUUCUGGUUAGAAAAUGUACAAUCCCUGGCUACUUUUUGACAGCCCUGAAUCUUUCUUCAAGGAAAAUCAAUAAGGGAAAUUUAAACCAAAUUGAAAGAAGUUUAAAUGAUAAUUAGAACAAAGCAGUCAAAAAAUUAAGUAUAAAUUUAUUUUUCUAAAAUGACCAUACUUUACACUAUAAACUUAUACAAUAACAAGUUACCUACAUUUAGUUAAAGCUUCCUAGUGUUAAAACUUACCUACAAUAUAUAUUUUAUGUUACAGCAUGGAGAUGUUAAAACAUUGCUUCAAAAAUAUGAAAGAUUUAGAGUAAGUAUAUUUGUUGACGUUUCCAGCAAUGCCUCUUUUUUUGCCUGCUUGAAUGCUCAGCAGUAUUUGAUUUCAGACUAGAAUAUCUGGGUUAAAGACAUGAUGUCACAUUACCAAUGGUAGCAAACUCUCUAGAUCACAACAAAGGAAGCUUAAGCAACUAUGCAACAGCAACAAGAAAACAAAAAAUUAGAAAAACAAUGUGCAUCGCGCAGCCAUAGUUGCGCGACUACGACAUGAAACUUCCUAAUUUCAUGCGCCCGUUUUAUGGAGUAGGUGAACACAUCACAAUUUUUUUUUCUGUAUCUAUAAACUUAGAUACAGUCCUUUCUUUCUCUAAAUUUUGGAAAUCCAAAUAGCUGUUUCUUCUGAAACAAUAUCGGAUUAUUUUUAAGAUAACUUAUGAAAAUGGAAGGUCAAUUAGCAUCAUCAGCAGUUUGACUUUUUCGAUAUACAUAAAAAUUAUUACCGAUACUAAUUAUAGGAAGCUACCAAAUGAACUCAAUCAACCAAUAAAAUGCCAUGCGAAAGUCAAUACUUAGAUGUUUAACUAUCUGAUCUGAGAAAUAUUUUUACGGAGCUGUAUCUUCAUUAGUUUUCAACAAAUCACUUUCAAACUUGGCAACUUUACUAAUUAUUUUAAGGUGUUCUUUCCAGCCAUGUUAGUGGAUUUUAUCUAACUGAUUCAAGUCAAAAGUUGAAAAAACCGUGGAAAUGUCUAUCCUUCAUCAAAUAUUGUAUAUCUUGCCUCCAGGGUGCCAUGUCAACACUAAAUGAAAAGUUUGGGGAGGAUCUUGUUGUUACAAAGAGGAGACUUGAAGAAACAAGGAUGCUGGUCAAUAAGGAAAUUGCAGGUGCAUUAAAAUUAAUUUGAAAUAGUUUCAUCCUGUAGAAAAGAAAUUCAAAUCACUGAAAAGUCCAGAUUUUGUCACUACAUUUUUACUACCAGAGCUUGCUCACAAACUGAAUACCCUUUUCAUGAUUCUUUUCACUCACGUGGCCAGCAGCAAUGCAAAACUAUUGAAGCAAAAGAAAGUUUUUACAUAAGAAAAAACAGUCUAACUCCCUCAGGAUUGAUUUGGGACGACAACAUGGGCCCCUGUAUCACAGGACACCAAUAAUGAAUAUGGCAGACGUGACAUUAUGUGACAAUGUUCUAUAAGAGUUACAUGUAACAUGUCUGUGACUUAUUUCCCCACCCCCAAAUGUACCAUAUAUUUAAUAUUAGCAGCUAUAUUCUUGAAGCUGUGCUCUGUCCUAGAGGGUGGGGGGAGUUCCUUUGGAAUCAAUCAAUCAAUCAAUCAAUCUUUGGAAUCAAUCAAUCUUUGUGUCUUGAUUUACGUAAGGAUUUUCUGGACCAUUCAAAACAAUAUGAACAAGAUAAUUCAUGGAAAUGCCCGCAUUUCCUGACAGCAUAGUUAUUUCUUUUAUUGUGGCUUAUAUAAGAAGUUAAUUUUGAAGGUUUUUUUCUAAGUUCAUGCAUGUGCAUCAUGUCAAUUCUCUAAGGUUUCAAUAUUAUUUUUCUUUUCAGAAUUGCAGCUCCAACUGAAUGUUAUGGAUAAAAAACUAACGCAGAAAAAUGAAGAAAUGAAUAUCUUAUUAAACUACAAGGUAAGUCAAAAGGGGGGGAAAUGGUUUUCAAGUCGAGAGAUUUGAAUUAUUUCUUUGUACAAAGUAUCUAAAUAAGAUAAUUUAUGACUUUUAAGCUCUUAAACAUACUAUCGUUAGCAUACUGUCUUAAACAUUACUAUUGUUAACAUUCAAAUGAAGAAAAAAAUGAAUGAUCUGUUGUUUUAACUAAAAAAAUAGCUUGUUUCACAGUAUUAAUUUCUAAAUGAUAUUAUGCAUCAAUGAGCGGCUUCCCCCUGGGGACCACCCACGGGAAUCCAGGGGCAUUUGUCGAGGUUGUCAGCUAUUUGUUGCCCCAGGGUGUAGGGGAAAAUAUUGCUUUUGUUCACAGAGCUUGCAACCCAGGGGGCAGACCCUGGGGAUUUGCUGGUCAGCGGUAUACCCCAUUGACAAUUCCCAGAUAUUGUUUAAGGUGUUCACUUCAUGCCCUUGUCGCACGAGAUUUAGGGCUUGAAUUAACCAAGUUUCGUUUUUGAGGAGUCCAAUCCUGGGUAGUACCCAGUCACCGAAUUUCAUGUACAUCCCAAGGACUCACAGCGCUCAAAAACCAUACAUCCUCAGAAGCCUAUCACCCAUAGGCUUCGGACAUUUUUCUUCCUUUCUUAGAAAGAAAAAGAAAAGAAAGAAAGAGACUUUAUUUACCCAGGGUAAACUACAUUAUUACUGGUAACCCGGUAGUUAACAUAACAGCCCUCAAAACCUUAAAAGAAAGUUUAAAAAAAUAUACACAAUACAACUACUUGGUCAAGUGGAGCCAACUGCACUGAAAUACAACAAACUUUAAAUGAGGGUCUAAGCAAAGCAAAUGGCUGGUUUUCGUACAUUUGUGUGUUAAAGGGAACUCUGGUCUGUAUUGUUGCACCCAGGAGGCUGGGCAUUUGUCAGAAUUCCUCUGCCUUAUACCCAGGGGUUUGGAUGAGGUUUGAAUGGGCAUUUGGACAAAGCCCCCAAGGAGAAGCUGCUGAUUGAUGCAUCAUGUCGAUGUGAAUAUGAUGAGAAUUUGGGGGGGGGAGGGAACCCCCCUAUAAAAAUGACGUUAGUGCUCGUCGUACCUUCUAGGCGUUUAAAUCUGCGGAUUGGUACCACUCAGGGUGCUAGAACCUAAAAUGAGUGUCAGUUAUAUAAUAUUGUUGCUGUUGAUUAUUGGGACCUCCUAGGGGCUGGAAAUGAAUUUGGGGCACGCCUAUAAAACAAGAUUCUGGUACCUUUUAGGGGUGUUGUCGAAAUUUUCCAAUGAGCUCCCCGUCACUUGUUUGGGGAGUAUUCUCCCCUCCAGGCUUAGGGACUCCAAAUUAUAAGUCCAUCGCUCUAAACGCUCGGUCAUCUGCUCCCGUUUCAUUGACAGGACAAGGAAUAUCCUGCCAAAGCACUUCAGAUUGCAAAGUUGAAGAGACAACAGGAAGUUUUAGCAUCAGCUUUUAAGGUUAGUGCUGUACAUAGCUGCCAGCUAGACUGUUCACAGUUUCCUGUUUUUCUGAACAUUCAUGGAAGAUAGUCAGGAUUNUUAGUGCUGUACAUAGCUGCCAGCUAGACUGUUCACAGUUUCCUGUUUUUCUGAACAUUCAUGGAAGAUAGUCAGGAUUGGUAUUGACUCUAACUUGGGGAUGAGUAUAAAAUGUACUAAGGGGGCAGGGGGCAGUUUGGAGGGAUGCUGUUUUUCUCACCUCCCUCCCCCCACCACUAUAAACCUAUGGCCCAUCUCCUCAGUACAUUUGAAAUCAAGAUGGCUGGCCAUAACAGUAAGCACUUGAUCUGCACAAUCUCACGGAAUAAUAGGGGACUGUGAACAGUCUACCUGCCACCUAUUUUUUUAAUCAAAGGGAUGAUGGCUUCUAAUUCUUCUGGUUUCUGUAACAGUUUUUUAAAAUGUGACAGGGUCGUUAGACCUAUGUCCAGUCCUCAACCUGGAGGAAGGACCAGAGGGUCACAGUUUGUGUGGUCUCUACACUUCACCCUGUUCUCAACUAGCCUGCUAGCAAGCUCCCCAUUUAUGGCAAGCAAAGCAAAUUGCAAGUCAGAGAAUGUGCCCCUCACACUCACAUCUCCUUUCGCGUGCUGCUCUUGCAUAACUUCUCGCGACUCCCCCAAAUGGAGAACUUGCUUGCAGGCUAAUUGGCAACAACGAUUUUUAGCACAACACAGCAUUGCAACAUUGUUGUGACAUUGGUUUGAGUGGUUACAACAUUGUUCCACCAUUGCAACACUGUGUUGUGCUAAAAAUCGUUGCUGCGAAUUGACAAUGUAACAUCACCUUUACCUAGACAACCAGUGAUGGUAUCAUUCAACGAUAAUAAUUUACCAGACACAUAACACAUUGCAUGAUGCUAAUAUCACAUUCAUUUGUGUCUGACGUAUAAACUCCUCUAAUCCCUGUUGUUAGGAAAAGAAAAAAGGAAAAAGGCCUUUUUCAAAAUGUUUAUUAUUAUUAAUUUCAAAAUAACUCUGGGAUCAUGAUUUUAGUUUGCUUCUUUCUCAGGAAGAACUGGAAGAGUUACAGGCUGUAGUUGACGCUGAGAGGGAAAAAUUUAGUCAUCAGAGAAAAAGUGUUCAAAGAGAAAUUACAACACGAGUGACUGAGGUACAAUUCGUCUAAUUUUUAGCCCACUUCAAGACAUAUUUCUCACCAGUUUGUACACACUGUGACACCAAUGAGCUAGUUUUCCUACCCCCUUCCCCCCACCCAAUUUUUCCACAUUUUCUUCCCUCUGAUAAUUUGGCAUUUUGUCGUUCUCAAAGUGAUCUACUCUUCUUUUUCAAAAUGAAGAGGGACUUGAAAGAAAUUAAAGUUGAAUUGGAAUGGAUCCCAAGUUGUUGUAAAGAUGCUUAGCUUUUUAGUUAACACUCUGUCAUACUAAUAAAGUUUGACAGGUGAGAAUUCUCGCAAUUUUACUAAUCUUACUUUUUUUUACCUUUUUUAAAACUUUGCCUAUUUUACCGGUCUGAGCAGUAUAUUCGAACCUAUCCCUACAGAUACCUCUGAUAUGAACAUGAACCUCCUCUCAUCUUGGUCCCAAAGAUACCAAACUUCAUACAAUCCCUAACUUUUUUAUAAUACCACGGCGUGAAGCUACUAAUUUUUUUGUAGAUAAAAUGAUCAGUAAACCGCUAACGAAAGUUAAAGGGAAAAGUUAGCUGCCUGUUACGGAUAGACGCUGGCCUUUUGCCUUAAAAGGAAAUACUAAAUCUCUCCAUUGACUAUAUGAUAUGUAAUCCUCAUAAUUUCUUUGCAUAUUCCAUUUUCGAUUUUUCUAGGAUACAAUAAAUGCCAUGGGGGAUGAUAUUAAAGAAAUGGCUUUGCAAAAUAUGAUUAUGAAAAAGGUAAGUACUCGCAAAAGCGCGAGAGGUCUCCUUGUCGGAUUUUGUGACAUGAUACGAUAUGAAACGUCAACAUCCCCCGGGCAAGCCCCCCCCCGCCUAGCCUCCCACGCAGGCGUUUUUUAGGGUGUUUUUGGGGAGGGAUGAAAAACGAGCUCCCCUAAAAACGCCUGCGUGGGAGGCUAGCCCCCCACCCCCCCGGGCAUUUGAAGCCUGUUCAAAUUCGCAUGAUUCCCGACUCCCCUAGCACAAGUGAUGAUCAAAUGCCCGGGGUUUGCCCGGAGGGAUGUGAAAGUUUCGUAUCGAUCGACGCAUAAUCGUUAUUUUAAAUGUAAGAUGAGAAGAUUUAUUGUUUUUUGAUAGGAAGUAGAAAUUCAUCGAAAUGAAGUAAAGUUGCUGGAAGCUAACAAUACCAAAUUAGAGGCUGAAAUCAGGUGAAUGCUAUGUCAGAUUGUUUUUGAGAUCCUUUUAUCGGUUGUUUGAUCUCCGCAUCCACCGUUCAGUAUAUUCAGAGAGUUUUUUCGAAACAUGUCAGAAAAUAAGACUACCUAUUGUAUAAAAUAGUCCAUCAUUCGCACAGCGAUAAUCUUGAUUAGCCAUGCCUUGAAGUGGGGUCCCGUCUACACGCUUCCGUUUUUGUUUGAAAACGAAUAUUUUUUUCUCCUUUUUCAAAAAAAUCCGCGUACUCACGUUGCGAUUUUGAAUCGUGUACAGCAAAACGGUAUUUUCAAAGUCUCCACUCUGGAGAGCGUUUUUGAAAAGAUGCGUUUUCGGUGACCGUUUUCAACGAAUACGUGUGGACGGUAGACCUAACUGGAGAAAAACAUCUCCGUUUUCUCGGGUACAGUGUGAACAUGGGUAUCAGGUCGUUUCGCCCGAAGGUCGAUUGGCCGGUAGCAGUUCGCCCAGGCUAAGUCGAUUCGCCCGAUAAGUAUUUGUCGUUCUUUAAGGCUGAAAAAAAGGAAUAAGCAUGGAAAAACAGUGACUGCACGUGUCCUGCACAUGUGGAAUCCAAGGUUACCUAAAAUAACAUCCCGGAGAAGUGGGUUCACCAUUCUGUAGAGUGUUGUUUGUCAUCGUGCGAUUCGACUUAAGUCCUAGCGAACGCCUUCGGGCGAAACGACUGCUCUGGUACAGUGGAACCUCGAUUUAACGAAUCGUUAUAUAACGAAGUCCUCGAUAAAACGAACGAUAUUCCUAGCCCUAAUAACAGUAAAACAUAUGGAAAGAACCUUGAUAUAACGAAACUUCUUUAUAGCGGACAUAUUUUCGUGCCGGCACGAAAGUCUGUUCGGUAUUGUGAGUGAACGUAGCGUAAACGGCACGUGUUCCACCCAAGGUUGUCAACUUGCUAUGUGAAAUCAUAGCAUGCAUUUCUUUGAACGCAUUAUAACUUUGUGUAAAAACUUUGCAGAGAGAUGCUAGACAGCCAAGCAUUGAAUACACAAGCUCAAAUAUUCCCUGAAGUUUUCGGGAAAAGGGAAAAGUGAGUAUGUUACAAGACAUAACGGACUACAACAUGAUGAACAGCUUUAAGUUGUGUUGACAGUAAUUCGCGCGUCACUUGGUUCAUUAUGAUUGAUCUAUCGGCUUGCGCACGACUUUCUGAACCCAUCGUGACUCGCUCGCACGUUUUGACUCGUGAAAACCCGCUGCCCGCAAUGAAAACGAUAUAUCUUUGUUGUUGCCGAAGUGUUGUCGAAGUGCUCUUAAAAGGUAGAGAUGAACAGCCGCGUGAAAGCUAACGUGAGAUCAAAGAUAGGGAAGGGGCGAGAGAAAAAAGGCAGAAAACCUCGGUUCAGCUUUUGCACGGCUGUAUAUCUUACUUAACGUACUACCAACGAAAAACACCAUAAAACAAACCCGCAAUCUUAGUAUAACAAUAAAACGGAGUAACAAAAAUAUGGAAGCUACUGAUUACGCAAGCUAAACCAUACACGGUAGCUGGAUUUUUUUUUUUUUUUUUGGGGGGGGGGGAAGUUAAAAUAACUAUUUAUUUCAUUGCGUCAAUUCUCUAUUUUCAAAACAAGGUAUUCACGAGUUUCCCAUGGUUUUAACUUUGAUUUUUCUUUCUUUAGGUGUACACCGGAUAUGGAGCUUCAUCUUGACAUACCAACACAUGACUGGCUGCCAAUAUAA